CUUUCUGGGAAAAGUGAAAUUUUUGAUAAAUCAACAUCAUGAUAUUUCAACUGCAACAAUCUAUAUCUGCUAUUUAUGUGCUGUUGUUAAUCCUACCUUGGAAUGCAAAUGCUGCUUCUGAUUGCACACAAGAUGACAUUUCCCGGCUAUCUGUGUCUAAUUGUGACUGUCGUGAUCGGUUCACUACAUGUCCAACUACCUGUCCAAUUCCAAAUGCCUGUGGAACAAGUUUCGGCAAAUUGCGAACUUGUAACCAAGGCUGUUCAGAGUGCAAUCAUGAUUGUGACGCAUGCAAUCUGUACUUUGGAGGCUUGUGUCGGUGCUUGAAGCAACAGGACUGUUUUCAUGAUAGCAAUACUGGCUCCUGGACAUUGCUACAUGCCGAAGAUUUGAUCACCACACCACGCCUUCUACCAGGAAUCUUGGAGUUAAAUCAAGAUAACGGAGGCUGGAAACUAGGUCAAAUUGUGCAAUUGAAAAGGCCUCACCAUACCUUUGCCAAUGGAGCCCUGGCAAUGAACUCGGCCGCCGCAAGAACUCAGGAGCAGAUUCACAUACAUGUGUGUGAGAAUCAAGGCAGUGCCUUUCGUCAGUACAUUGAACAGAAGCUGAAGCCGACCAACUUUCAAACUCUGCAAGAUACAGGUUUCUCGGCCCCCUUUUUCAAAGCAAAAGUACUAUGCCAGGCACAAAAUUUACAAGGGUCAGCUGAUUUUGAAAUGGGAAAACUUAUUUUUAACUAUAUGAGUAAGUUAAGUCAAAAUUGCGAUAAGUAUCAUUUGGGGGCCGGGCUUAUCAAUGAUAAAAAUGGUUUUACUUGGGGGUGUGUUACCCAAGGUGGGGGAGCAGAGGAACUUUUCUGUAAGAAUUAAUACUUUACUCCAGAAGGAAGAAGAUCUUCAAUAAUUGCAUGUCCUUAUUGGCGGGAUCUCUGUAGCUAGCUAAUCCUCGC